CGGCGGGUCCCGCCCUCAGGUGAGGGAGGAGCGGCGGGAAAGCGGCGCCGGCGUGAGGGGAGAGCCGGGGCAGGUAAAAGGGCGGGGGAAAAGCUCGGUAUCGCCGCUUCUGCCCGGAGGAGCGCGCCGAGGAGCGGAGGAUGCGCCCUCCCGCCCGCCCUUCAGCUGCGCGGGCAGCGGGGUCCCUGAGGGAGCCGCGGUUGCAGYCUAUGAAACCUUCUACAAUGAGCAAGCGGAAGUUGAAGGAGAGCAGUGCAGAAAGUGCUGAGUCCAUUUCCCAGGUGCAAAAAAUUUUCCGUGAAAGAUUCUGUCACCAUUGUGCUGCUGGAAAACUGUUUGGGAUGGAACAGCAGUACAGACAUUUGCUGGAGCUGCUGAAACGAACCACGAUGCAGGGGGAGAGUAAUUCCGCCCUCAUUAUUGGACCCCGGGGAUCGGGGAAAACUGCGUUAUUAAACCAUGUCUUAAAAGACCUCAGGGAAAUGGAACAAGCUAGAGAGAACCUCUUGGAAGUUCAUCUGAAUGGCCUUCUGCAGACAACUGAUAAAGUGGCCCUGAAGGAGAUAACCAGGCAACUGCAACUGGAAAAUGUGGUUGGGGACAAAGUUUUUGGCAGUUUUGCUGAAAAUCUGGCAUUUCUUCUUGAAGCUUUAAGGAAAGGAAAUCGAACCAGCAGCUGUCCAGUGUUGUUUGUACUGGAUGAAUUUGAUUUGUUUGUGCACCACAAGAAUCAGACCCUGCUCUACAACCUCUUUGACAUCUCCCAGUCAGCACAGACCCCAGUCACAGUCAUUGGACUCACCUGUAGGCAGGAUAUUCUGGAGCUUUUGGAGAAGAGAGUAAAGUCAAGGUUCUCUCACAGACAGAUCUAUUUGAUGAAUUCCUUUGAUUUUAAACAAUACAUCAAGAUAUUUAAGGAACAGCUUUCUCUUCCUUCUGAAUUUCCUGAUGAGACUUUUGCACAAAAGUGGAAUAAUAAUGUUCAGCAUCUCUCAGAGGAUAAAACUGUGCAGGACGUGCUGCAGAACCUUUUCCACCACACCAAAGACCUGCGCUCGCUGCACUUGCUCUUGAUGCUGGCUGUCAGUGCAGUGACUGUGCACCACCCCCUGCUCACUGCUGCAGACCUGCAGGAGGCCAGCAAACAGAACAGAACUGACUCCAAGGCAAACAUCGUCCAUGGWUUGUCUGUCCUGGAAAUCUGCCUCAUCAUAGCCAUGAAACACCUGAACGAAGUCUACGAUGGAGAACCCUUCAACUUCCAGAUGGUUUACAAUGAAUUCCAGAAGUUCAUCCAGAGGAAGGCACAUUCAAUGUACCACUUUGAGAAGCCAGUUGUCAUGAAGGCAUUUGAACACCUGCUGCAGCUGGAGUUGGUGCAGCCCCUGGAGCGGCCGUCGGUCCGUGCACAGCGGGAAUAUCUCCUGAUGAAGCUGCUGCUGGACAGCAGCCAGAUCAUGGAUGCCCUGCAGGUAUACCCCAACUGCCCCACGGAUGUGAAGCAGUGGGCAGCCUCCUCCCUCAGCUGGCUCUGAGCCCUGCCCCUGCUCCAGCAGAACUUCCACAAGAGGGAAUGUUUACCCACAGCAAGGUGCUCAGCUCAAUAAAUUUUUGGAAGCAGCAUUCUGUGUUCCAUUUAGGAUUUCUAAGGAAAGCUGUGCUGCUGCUCUGUGCCUCACUCACACCCUUAGGUGCUUUAGUUCAGCACCAACUCCUCUCACACUCAGUUCCCCUUGCAGAAAUCCAGGCUCUGGAAUUUCUCACUGUGGGCUGAGUGCUCUGGAUCCCAGCUCAGGCCACGCUGCCCUCCCAGCUCUGUUCUGCAGCACAGACCCAUCAGCUCAAAGCUCACACUGCACUUUUCCUUCUCAAAUUUGACUUGACAUGGAAAAUUUACUCAAUUAAAUCUUUAAUCUUACUUCAUUAAAUGUUUAAUCCCAACAGGCUUCAGCUGUAACAGCCACUUUGUGCCAAGUACAAGGUGUAACAUCUUUCCAUACCCAUUUUUUGCCCUAACUCAGAAGUUCAGCUCAAKAACUGCUCUAGGAACAGCCCCACGUGUUGAAAAUAAGUUUCCAAAGAAUCCUUUGCAAGUCAGAGUAGUCACAUUUUUUAUUUUCCCGCUGGGGAAGAGGGCAGAGUAUACAUUUGUAUUUGUACAAUAUUUAACAAUCACUUUAUUGAGGGCGAGGGGGGGUUGGUUGGUUUUUUGGCACUUGCAGAAAAGCAGCAAGUACCCUUUGACAGUAGUACAACAACCUGUGCCCAAAACACUGACAAAUACAAAGAGGAAAGGGAAAGAAAUCGCUCACCAAACUCGAGAGGUAACRAAGAGGAGAUGGACUGAAAAAAACCCAAAAUCGAGGGAAAAAGCAAAGCAGUCCUGCUGGUUGAGUAUCUGAGGUAACAGAUGUUCCAUCAAGGAUGCUACUGGAGUCAUUUUACCCAUGGAUGUGUAUUGCAGCUUCCUGUGUUUUGUACCAAGUGUUCCUGAUCAACAGAAAUGUGUUAAAAAAGGGUAAAAAAGCUGGAGAGAGAGGAGAGGGGGUGA